CAUUGUUUUGCUUUUUUUUUUUGCUGACAACCCAUUUUUUUUCCCAGAAAUACUGACAUGGAAGCUGCAAAGGGGAGUGUGAAAGCUGUGGCUCUCAUCAUCGGAGAUAACAACGUUAGAGGUUCUCUUCAGUUUGUUCAAUACACAAAUGGGAAUUAUACACAUGUAACUGGAAAGAUAACAGGGUUGUCCCCAGGUCUUCAUGGAUUUCAUAUUCAUGCUCUCGGUGACACCACCAACGGCUGCAACUCCACUGUGGCAGAUACUGACACGACACAAACAUGUGUGGUUACAUUCAAUCACUUCUAUUUUCUCAAAGGAUUACUGGUAUCGACAUGUUUGGGUCCUCACUUCAAUCCAUUGAAGAAGGAUCAUGGAGCUCCUACAGAUGAUGAGCGACAUGCUGGUGAUUUGGGUAACAUUGUUGCAGGCCCUGAUGGUGUUGCUGAGAUUUCUAUAAGAGAUAAACAUAUUCCAUUAAGUGGAGUUCAUUCCAUACUUGGGAGGGCUGUUGUUGUCCAUGCUGAUUCUGAUGAUCUUGGAAGAGGUGGACAUGAACUUAGCAAGACUACUGGGAAUGCAGGUGCAAGAGUAGCAUGUGGUAUCAUUGGACUCCAGUCAUCUGUUUAAGGAUAACUGGACUACAAAUAAUUGAUAGAUUCAUUUGUGGUGUAUACAAUGUUUGUUGAUGAUUUCUCGAUGAAAUUACAAUCAUGAUGUAACUACAUUUAUACCAACUCUAAUGACUAGCCAAAAAGUUCUACAUUGUUAAGUAGUUUUAUCCCGCA